AUGAAUGCAAUAAUCGCAUUGUGUCACUUCUGUGAAGUUCAUGGGCCGGGUGCUAUCUUCUGUACUCAAACACUGCGCGAAACAAACAUUCAACAGUUGGAUAUAAGCUUUAAUAUCGAUCGUAAAGGAUGUGCAGCAUGUAAUUCGAUUGGUAAUAAUGUCGCGCUCGUAAGCCGCGAUCCAGAAAGCAAUGCCAACUUUGUCAGCAGCCAAAUAGCGGUAAUUGGAGAAACGGCACCACUAGUUAAGACGGCCGCGUUUCGUAGCCUUAGCUCGGAAGUGAGCUGUAUGGCAUCGGAAGGUGGGUUCGUGUUUUAUGGCGAUGCCAAACAUGGCCACGUACUAAGCCAUGCAUUUCAUCUUAUCGAUUCCGAAGCAAGGGGCUUUCAGAAGCGCUUCUCCUUAGUGAUUCUGAUGAAAGAUAAGAUGUUCUUGCUUAACACACAGCCUUUUCUGGCCGACUGCAUGGGCAAGAUUUCAAAGGAGUUACAGGAUUACGCUCAAUUGGUUCACGAGGACGAUCUUCGGCGACAGGGACUCGAUAGAGCUCAGCGAAUGAACAAAUGUUAUGGAAGCGGAUCAACCAGUAAUACCACAAAUGUAAUCGCGAAUAGGUCUCUGAUUGAACUAACAGGAAAAGAAUCAAUUUACGCAUAUGUGCAUGCUCAUUUUUCCUUUAUCCUCUGGGCUGGAGCUCGAUAUCUGACGGAAAGCAUAACGCUCGGAUAUCCUUUGACGCCCGUGUGGCUAGGGAAGGAAACAGAAGAGGGGUUCGCCAUUGUACAAUCGGAUAAAGAAGGCUACCAGAUGCGUCGACUCGGUAUCGCAAAUGACGACAAACCUAUCAACCAAGUUGAUGAACUGACGCGAGCCAAGUAUUCUUUGCGGAUGUUUCGUAGCAUUUUGAAAUCAAACUUCUUAUCCGUUUGUUACUGUGCCUUGACGGGCAUACAGAUUGUGGUCCGCGGUACACCGGUGAAAGGUAACUGCUUGGUUGCGAAUUUAAAAAAGUUUUUGCCUGAGGCGAUGUACAAAUUGGUCCGGGCUCACGCAGAAACGUACACAUCGGCAAACGAGUUUCGCAUAAUAAACCUGAAGCAGGAAGCAAUAGCACCGCACUCCUCGAGUAGUAUUAUGCGUGUGGAUCUAGUCGACGAUCAGAGUAAGGACACGGUUGCAGUAUGCGCAUGGGAUGGUGAUUUGCCUAGUAAAUUGCCCAGCUUGUUGCAGAAGAUCGUCAAGGCCAUAGACGAGGAGUUAUUCAACGAUCAAGCGUUGGAUAAACAUUUACGCGUAUUGGUGGAGGAGUGGAAAAAUAAAGUGGUAUGCAUUCGUAAGGUUAGCUCCAAUCAGGACGUGGCCAAAAUUAAAAAGAUAAUGGGUAUUCAGCCUCAGGACCAGGUUCUAAUCAACUAUUGGUACAACCAUCUUUAA